ACAAGUCAGAGGAGAUCAGAAGAAGGUCUGGUCUUGCUAUCUUGAAGUAGUGAAAAAGAUGACGAAGGCAUUCGAGAGGGUCACUAUGGUCUCCCAAGAGAUAGAGAAGGGCGAAGACUGGUCAAGAUUGGAGUCGGGUGAGGAAAUAGAGGAGAUAUUUCUCCGGGAGGCAUUCCCAAAAAAAAUGGUUCGGAUUGGUCGGGAAUUACUGGAAGGACUUCGAGAAGAAAUCAUAUCAGUCCUCCGGGAGUAUGCCAACAUAUUCGCUUGGAGUGUAGCAGAUAUGCCAGGCAUAGACCGUUCUGUUAUAUGCCACCGGUUGGCUGUAAUGGAAGCGGGACCAUCCCAUACAGUCAAACCGUGGUGGGACAUGGCCGUGGACGGAGCUUCCGGACCAAAAGGUUGUGGAGCCGGGAUAGUUUUCACUACUCUUGAAGGAUUCAAGAUAUACCGUGCAUUUGUAUUCAACUUCAAGCUCACAAGCAGCGAGGCAGAGUACGAGGCCCUUGCCAGCAGGCUCAGCGAUCUAAUUCGAGCUCUUUUGAGAGAAAUGGAGGAGUUCCGUCUGACUCGGAUUCCCCAGUCAGAAAAUAUUGACGCUGAUAUGCUCUCCAAAUUGAUGCAAUCUUGCCCAGAGCAUGUAUCAAAGUUGGCGAAAAUUGAGAUUUUGGAUCAGCCAAGCGUUGAUCGGCUAGCAAUAGCAGAGGUCCAAGAGGGCCAGAACUCACCAGACCGGGUGAUCGAAGCGAACAAAUGUUGGAGGACUCAUCUUAUGGAAUAUAUGAUGACCGGUCAGAAUUCGUACGAUGAAGAACGGGCCAGGAAAGUAGUUCUGCGAGCCCCUCAGUUUCAAGCUCUGGACGGUCACUUAUACAAGCGCGCUUUUGGAGGACCUUUGAUGCGCUGCCUCACCAACCCAGAGGUUGAGCGGGUGAUCGCCGAGGUUCACGAGGGUGGUAAGAAGUUCGUUAUGAUAGCCAUAGAUUAUUUCACUAAGUGGGUGGAAGCAGAGGCAAUGGCCACUAUAACCGACCAACAGUGUGAGAAAUGCGUCUUGAAGAAUAUUAUCACCCGGUUUGGGGCGCCAAAGAUGAUUGUGACGGACAAUGGUCAACAGUUUCGCAAUCCCCGGUUCACAGCCUACUUGGGCAGUUUUGGGAUAAAGCAUAACAAGGCUUUGGUGGCAUAUCCCCAAGAAAAAGGCCAAGUGGCUAACCGGACGAUAGUGAAUGGCAUGAAGAAAAGGCUAGGCGAAGAAGGGCGCAAGUGGCUGGAAGCAUUGCCUCACACAAUUUGGGCGCACUAGCUGACCUCCAGAAGCGCUACUGGAGAAACGCCAUUUGUGCUCACCUACGGAUGUGAGGCCCGGCUACCGAUCGAGGCAGAAUUCCCAACAUUUAGAGAAGUUGUGUAUCAACACAGUCAGAACGAGGCUGACCACUUGGCCGAGUUGAACUUAGUGUAAGAAAGGAGAACGAUGCCU